AUGCCGAUGUGAGCGCUCAUUCUCGCGUCAUUCGAAGCUCCGGACCAGGCUCACUGACUGAUCUUGGCUUUCCCGUUCCCCGAGUGCACAGAACAUGUCACUCGCGGACACGACAACGAGCACUCUACCUCCAAAUAUCGAAUACACGCACUCCAAGCUCUAUCAACGCACGCUCAAGGCGCAGAAGGCGCUCGAGAAGGAACGGGCCAAAGCCGCUGCCAAGGGAAAGAUCAGCAAAGUUGACCUACAGGUACAGACCCAAGAUCUCACCAGUCGCGCCGAUCGGAGAAAGUCCAACGCCGGCUCGUUCGUUUCCGACGUCGGCGGGUUCAGGAGCCGCAGCUCGUUGGGGUGGUUCAGAUCGAGUUCCGAGGCAACAUUGCCCUUGCCGCCGCCGCCAGCGAGCUUUGCAGCACCCCCGAUACCGACCUCUCGAUCCGUGACCCAACUCCCCUUGCCUUCACCGACCUACUCUCUCCCACUCCCUCCGUCACCUGGGCUCGACCCUAAGUACGCAACCCAGCCACAGCCGGUGCCUCACCCUUCGCCCGAGCAUCGUAGUCAGCGGACGCCGUCGCGACAGGGUCCGAACUCGGCCACACCCUCGAGGAUGUCGUCUCCUGCUCCUACGACCGAUAACCGACGCAGCCGCGAGGCUUCGAGCAACAGCAUUGCAUCGCGGGGCACCCGUCCGAGCGCAGCCACCCCGAUCCCAACCGCGGUUCAAAUGUUGGCGGCCUCGGUGCCAUUGCCGGAGACACCGAAAAGUGAGACACCGCAAGCCUUUUCCCUGCCGCCCUCGGCGUCUGACCAAGAUCUACCUCGAGCACCUUCAUCGAACUCGAUCGACCGCAAAGUCGAGACACCGAUACCCAUUCCUACCGAACCGAGUUCUCCCGUCAAGCUGAUCCCCAAGUCGGCUUCGCGAAACAGCCUCAAGACGGGGCAUGCACGCAUGCCGUCCUCGAGCUCUCGUCAAAGCGAUCACGACAUGGAGUCCAUAGCUACGCCACCGCCGAGACGUCGCGACCCGUCGCUUCUUGCAGAGCGAGGCGAAUUGACGAACCCGCCCCCUCGUGUCUCUUCUAUCUAUGCCGACACUGGUGUGGAACCCAUACUGAUGCCGCAGCAACGCGCCGUGGACCCACCGGCUACAUCGUUGACGACCGCUUCGACCGAGUCGCUGCCCGCUGCACCGUUGACUCCUCCUCUCGACGAACACAUCAAGCCCAUUGCUCAAGCGCAAUUUGCAACGAAACCGCCCGUCGACCUGCCGGCGCCCAUUCAAGACAAGACUCCUGCUCUGCUCGGUCCUCCGAUGAUCGAAGCAAUCAAGCGCCCGCGCAAAUCAUCGUUCCGGUUCUUUGGAGUGGGCAAGAAGGACGAGAAUGAGCGUUUGGCGAAUCCCACGAUGAAGGACUCGACCAACUCGAAUCGAUCGACGCAGUCCGCGCCCGUGUUAUUGAGCAAGAGCCCGAGCAGGUCGAUCCGGCAAACGUUCUUUGGUCGUUCGCAGCGCGCCGUACCGACCUUGCCUCCGAGCGUGCCUUCUUCACCGAAGUCGAGUUCUCGCACGGCCCCAUUCUCCAACGGCUCGAAAUCGAUGCCUGCUUCGCCCAUAAGAUCGAGUAACAUCCGACCGCGCGAACCUAUGUCUGCACUCGCCUUUGAUCAACAGCAACAAGACUUGCCCUCGGCGCAAACGUCCACGACCACACUCUCGCAGUCAUCGACCUCUGCAUCGACCUCGACGCGGUUGUCGAAGAAGAAGUCAACGGUCGGCCAGGGUCAGGCUCCAGUAUCACGACCGCCGAGUGGAUUCUUCGCCUCGUUCGGUCGACAACGGUCCAAAUCUUCUGCUGCGGCCGUGGGAUCGGCACCGGGAAUCUCGACCCGACCUCCUCUCCCUGCCGGGCCCUUGCCUCGCCUCCCUUCACCGCUUCCGCCCGGACCGACGAAGGGAAAUGGAGGGCAGGGGCCACCUGCUCAAACUGCCAAGGCCAAGGCCAAGGUCAACGGCAACAUUCGCGAGUUUCCGUAA